UAGAGUUUAGUAGUUCGUGUCAUGCGUUUGUACGGUACUAUGUUGCGUUUUGUGUGUAAUAUGUAAGUGAUUUGAUGGUGGAGACAGGAAAUCACGGAAAGACGCAUAUUGAGUGUGUGAGCUUAUGUUUCCGCAUUGCGAGCAGGAGGUGACUAGUGUUUAGACAAACAUAUUAGUGCACAUUACGUACCUGUGCUGUUCGGCAAUUACGAAAAAUACCAGAUCGACGUGUGGUGGAUUAGGAGAGCACUCAUGGACUCCAAGGGAACUAGUAGGCUGAAAAAAGAGAAGAAUGAAGUAUAUGCUGAACCAGGCUCCUUGGUUCAGUUACACACAUCUACCACGAAAGUAAAAGAAGAAUUGGAUGAGCAAGUGAACAAACAGUUUCUUCAAGAUCCACCAAGGAUUGUAAUGCCUAGUCUUCAUAUAAAGCAAGACCUAGAAAUGAAACGGGAUUUAGAUGGCAUUGAGCAUGAUUGUCUUGAAGAUAAUUCGGUAAUCUCUCGGCCAAAUCAUUUUAUCAAGGAGGAUCCUGAACUAAAUUUGGAGGUGGCAGCCUCAAUUAGAAAUGCAUCUGAUAGUUUAAGUUUCAUUCAAAGUGCUGGUGACAGCUGUAACGUUUCGUAUCAAGAAGCAUUACAUCAAGGACUAGUCGAUGACGAUCUGGAGAUAGAUACAGAGAUGUCAACAGAUUUCAGUAUAUCUCAUAACUAUAGCAAGUUACGGACUUCACAAGAAGACAACUUAUGUGGUACAAGAUUAAGUUGUAGCAACAGGGAAAAGGAAUUCCAUAAGUUUAACUGUAGUUUCUGCCUACAGAGCUUCCCUUCAAAAUACAGACUCAUAAUGCAUAUCUUCAUCCACAUUGAUGGUGUGCAGGCACCUGCAUAUGUGUGUAAGUCAUGUGGUGAGGUAUUGCCCACAGAUGACAGCUUGAAAGAACAUUUAAGAAUGAGUGAGGGUGACCAAGCAUUAUCAGCUGCCAACAGUGAGAAACUUGAAUGCAGUGAUGACCAUGAAAACAACAUCUCCAUAGAAAGUGUACGAGAAGAAUUCGUGGAACAGACUGAGAAGCAAUCUUCAUCCAAGGAAACCAGGAAAACUUUAAGGAAAUCCUUUAGUGACACAAGCAAUACACAUACUGUGACACAAGUUGCAGUGAAACUCAGAUGUGAUGACUAUGGAAUUUUGUGUACAAGUGAUCAUGUUAAUGUCCACACUGUGCGAAGUGCAAAGAGACAUCACAAAUGUGAUGUUUGUGGUAAAUUGUUUACUCGUUCGCGCAAUCUCAAGGUGCAUGAAUUAAUACACAUGGGAAAGAGACCCCACGAAUGCCAUGUUUGUGGAAAAUCGUUUACUCAGUCGGGCAAUCUAAAGAUACACGAAUUAAUCCAUACAGGAAAGAGACCCCAUGAAUGCGGUGUUUGUGGAAAAUCGUUUACUCAGUUGGGCAAUCUAAAGACACAAGAAUUAAUACAUACAGGAAAGAGACCCUACAAAUGUACUGUUUGUGGCAAAUCGUUUAUUUGUUUGGGGAAUUUGAAGGCACACGAAUUAAUACACACGGGAGAGAGACCCCACAAAUGCCGUGUUUGUGGAAAAUCGUUUACUCAGUCUAGCAGUCUCAAGACACAUGAAUUAAUACAUACAGGAAAGAGACCCUACAAAUGUACUGUUUUUGGCAAAUCAUUUAUUUGUUUAGGGAAUUUCAAGGCACACGAAUUAAUACACACUGGAGAGAGACCCCACAAAUGCCGUGUUUGUGGAAAAUCGUUUAGUCAGUCGAGCAGUCUCAAGACACAUGAAGUAAUACAUACAGGAAAGAGACCCCACAAAUGCCGUGUUUGUGGAAAGUCGUUUACUCAGUCGGGCAAUCUAAAGAUACACGAAUUAAUCCAUACAGGAAAGAGACCCCAUGAAUGCGGUGUUUGUGGAAAAUCGUUUACUCAGUCUAGCAGUCUCAAGACACAUGAAUUAAUACAUACAGGAAAGAGACCCUACAAAUGUACUGUUUGUGGCAAAUCGUUUAUUCGUUCGGGGAAUCUCAAGGCACUAGAUUUAAUACAUACAGGAAAGAGACCCUACAAAUGUACAGAUUGUGACAAAUCGUUUAUUUGGGGAGUUUCAAGGCACAUGAAUUAAUACACACGGGAGAGAGACCCCACAAAUGCCUUGUUUGUGGAAAAUCGUUUACUCAGUCGAGCAGUCUCAAGACACACGAAUUAAUACAUACAGGAAAGAGACCCUACAAAUGUACUGUUUGUGGCAAAUCGUUUAUUUGACUGGGGAAUUUCAAGGCACAAUAAUUAAUACACACGGGAAAGAGAACCCAUUAAUGCUCGUUUAGUCAGUCGAGCAGUCUCAAGACACAAGAAUUAAUACAUACAGGAAAGAGACCCCACGAAUGCGAUGUUUGUGGAAAAUCGUUUACUCAGUCGGGCCAUCUCAAGAGGCAUUUGUUGACACACAUGGGAAAGAGACCCUACCAAUAUAGUGUUUGUGGUAAAUCGUUUCCUCAAUGGGGCAGUCUCAAGAAACAUGAAUGAAUACACACUAAACAGGGACCACACAAAGUCAAUGUUGGUGGCAAAUCGUUUUCAGAAUUGGGUCAUCUAAAAACACAGAAAUUAAUACACGCGGGAACGAGCCCCCACAAAUAUGAUACUUGCGGCAAAUAUUUUUCUUCCUCUGGUAAUCUCAGGGGGAAUCAUUAGUACACACUGGUAAAUGACAACACAAAUAUAGUAUUUAUGGCAAAUUUUAUA